AUGCAGGUGAAGGUGCGGAACUGCGCUAGAAUCGCCGCAGCGGCGGCGCUGGGGUACCUCGCCUACCGCGGGUUGCGGAGUUUUCUGCGGAACGAGAUCACGAUAAGCGUCACGGAGCUGGUGCAGCUGCCGCCCAGUGAGGGGCUGCUGGAGUUGGAUGAGCAGACGCUGCUGCAGGGGGAAAUCCAGUGCGACACGUAUCUGAUGCGCAGCUACCGUUUUCUUAUGCGGCUCUCCGCCAACGUCAAGAGCGUCUCCACCUCACCCCCGCCCUCGGCGCGCUCUCGUCACCGGGUCAUUCAUGCAACAGAAAACACCAGCUACCGAAGCAUCAUUUCGCAUGGUGUGAGUAAGAAGCGGGAGGGGCUCCCCAGCCUUACCGUUCAUGAUGUCCACAGCAUGGUGGACCACUGGGAGCUCUCGCCCAACGGCAACGUCUACUUUACGCCUCCUUGCAUCGGAGACGCGCUACUGAUGCGUUACGAGGCGUCGGUAAAAGCCGGUCAUCCCGUGAACGCCGUGGUGAAGAACUGCUAUCUACAAGCCGACGAACGACCGGGCCUCAAGCGCCUCUCCUUUGACUUGAUGGUGUACGAUGUUGUGCAAGCGGCGAAGAUACGCAUCGCUCUGCCCAAUCGCUACUGCGACGUCGUUGCGAUCCACACCGGCGGCGUCGGCCUUAUGCAACAGCCAGACGCAAGGAAGCCGCACCACCUCAUCUGGGACGUCGGCAACGUCGACGAGACAACGUGGAAGAAGGUCGAGUCCUUGGCGCCUGACGUCUUGCCGGAGGGUCGGCUUGCGCGUCGCGGCUUCACCGACGACGACAUGGCGGCGGCCGUAGAGCGACAGAAGAGCGGUGACAACGUUGAGGUCAUGGCGAAUAGUUACCAGCUCUCCAGCGCCAUGGAGGCGAAGUUGGAAACCAGAAGUGAGAACUAUGACGAGGACGCUCCGCUUGCUGCGGAUGCCAAUAGAGGGGGGCCUGGCACCCGCAGAGGUACCGGGCUUCCUGAAGGGACGCAGCUUCUCAUCGCGCACUUUCACCUCGUCUUUGAGGAGCCCGAUGGGAUAGAGAACGACUACGUCUCGACCGACUCGGAGCUGAGCGACGGCGAGGAUGGAAGUGGGGGGUGUGACGAGGCGAGGCGGCGAACAGGCGACAGUCGCUCGGCGCGGUCUACAGGCGGCACUAGCCGCAAAUCCGCAAAGCGUGAGGAGCGCGCUCGCAAACGCAAAAUGGUGCGUUGCAGUGCGGAUUCCUUAGCCAACUUGGGACGAGGCGCGUCCACCCGCGUGCCGGCUGUCGAGCUCUCCUACAGCGUGGGCGGACUCGCCUCGGGCGUCACUGUGCGGAAGCUGCAGACCGUGAGUGACCUGCCAAACUGGGUUCCGCGUUCAAUCCUUGACCGCUGGGUGCUGCGGUGGAUGGUGCCCAGCAUCCACCAGCUGCGGCUGGGGAAGUACGCCCACUACAACUCGUGGUUUGUGCAGCCCGUUGCGGUCACGCUGCUCUGA